UUUUCCUUUCCGCUCAGUGCUUAAGUAUAUCGUCUGCGGGAUCGGGAAGGGUGCACGCUGCUUGGGUCGGGGAGCGGGGGUCGGGAUCACUGUCUGCGGGCCGAAGAUAUCACUUUCCCAUCGUUAGGCCUGUGGUGAGAGAUUUAUUGGAAGCAAAACCCACAACUGGAAGUGAACCACGACUGAAGAUGAGGGAACAGCAGCAAGUGAACCAGCCCACGGGUUGACAGCUCCAACUGGAGAGAACCCUUCUGACUCAGGGUUUCCAUUGAUUCAGUCAGAAGCAAGUUUGGUUAAAAACGACAAGGAAUUUAUCUACGGGAAUCUCGAACACAGCACGCCAGUUUUGCUGUCUCCGUCCACGUAUAUUAGAAGUGGAGCAAGGGAGUCACUCAAUCAUCAAUCUGACUCAGACUGUGGGGAGGGAUUCACUCGAUUAUCUGACUGACUGGCAUGCCUGUCAGUUCACACAGGGAGAGGCUGUGAACCUUUUCAGACUGUGGGGAUUCAAGGUCAUCUCAUGAAGGUACAUCAGUGAGUUCACACUGGGCAAGGCCAUUCACCUGUUCUGUGGGUAAGAAGGGAUUCAGUUGGUCAUCUCACCUGUGGACACACCAGUCAGUUCACACUGGGCAGAGGCUGGUCAUCUGCUGAAUUUAUGGGGAAGGAUUCACUCGGUUAUCUAACCUAAUGGAUCACCAGCGAGUUCACACCGGGGAGAAGCCGUUCUCCUGCUCAGACUGUGGGAAGGGAUUCACUCGGUCAUCUAAUCUGAAGGUACAUCAGAGAGUUCACACUGGAGAGAGGCCAUUCACCUGCUCAGACUGUGGGAAGGGAUUCAAUUUGUCAUCUCACCUACUGAGACACCAGACAGUUCACACCGGGGAGAGAUCGUUCACCUGCUCAGACUGUGGGAAAGGAUUCACUCAGUCAUCUAAACUGAAGGUACAUCAGCGAGUUCACACUGGGGAGAGGCCGUUCACUUGCUCAGACUGUGGGAAAGGAUUCACUCAGUCAUCUACUCUGAAGGUACAUCGGCGAGUUCACACUGGGGAGAGGCCAUUCACCUGCUCAGACUGUGGGAAGGGAUUCACUCAGUCAUCCGACCUGCUGGUACACCAGUCAGUUCACACCGGGGAAAGGCCAUUCACCUGCUCCGUCUGUGGGAAGGGAUUCACUUCGUCAUAUAACCUACUGAGACAUGAGUCAGUUCAUACCGGGGAAAGGCCAUUCACCUGCUCAGACUGUGGGAAGGGAUUCACUUCAUCCUAUAACCUACUGAGACAUGAGUCAGUUCACACCGGAGAGAGACCGUUCACCUGCUCAGACUGUGGGAAGGGAUUCAUUUGCUCAUAUCACCUAUUGACACACCAGUCAGUUCACACCAGGGAGUGGCCAUUCACCUGCUCAGUCUGUGGGAAGGGAUUCGCUUUGUCAUCUCAACUGAAGGUACAUCAGCGAGUUCACACUGGGGAGAGGCCGUUCACUUGUUCAGUGUGUGGGAAGGGAUUCAUUAGGUCAUCUAAUCUGAAGGUACAUCAGCGAGUUCACACUGGGGAGAGGCCAUUCACCUGCUCAGACUUGGGAAAGGAUUCAGUCAGUCAUCUAACCUUAUGUAACUCACUUCGGCUGGCAGCUUAAUAUAGGGGGUGAUAGCCCCCCAGCCCGGCCAAACUUAAGCAAUCUCGUUUGGGUGGAUGCUGCGUGAUGUGUACCCUGUUACAAAUCGGUACCCUGAAAUAACAAACAGUACACAAUAUGUGAUUAAACGAUUGAGCUUUAUAAUUCUUACUUUGACGAUAGAGUUAGUGAAGUAAACAAAAUAAAAUAAAAAGGGCCUACUCUCUCCAUUCGCGUCUUCUCAUCUCUCCCCAGCUAAAGACCACGAAAAUUCCUCUUCCAGACUCACAAGGAAGAACAUUUCUGUCAUUGGAUAGCUCUGCAUUCCAAAACCCUGUUAUCUCUGGUCAUAACCUAAACAUUGCUGCUACAGAGAAACCAUUACCGUAGCAGUGAAACAUUGCAGAGAGGCCAUUACAUGAGCAGUGAAACCUUACAGCAAGUUGCACUUGUGACACACUACCGGGUUCACACUGGAGAGAAAGUUUUAAUGAGCUGCAUGUUGGAUAUUUGUCUAUCACUGUUGCUGAAUGCAGUCUCAAGAGUGACUGUCGUUGCUGAACUCUGCAAUUAUUGCUGCUGCUCACACACCCAGUUCUGCACCCUGGGCAUGGGAGGAGUUUCUUCUGCAUAUUCACCUUUAAUGGGACUGGAGUUUAAUAUUCUGGAUCUGAGACAAUAAAUCAGUUCUACUUUAACCUCUGUCUCUGGUACUUAGUGAAUUUAUAACACACCUAGUGUACAGUAGAGAGUCAAGUCAGGCCGGCUGGACCCUGCCAGUGAUUCUGUUCCACGACAGUCCUUUUCAGUCCUCCCCUGUUAUCCUUCUCUCGCUCUCCCUGUGGUCAUGGGUUCCAAAUAGUGUGGGUGAAGAGGUUUCCCUUGAAUUUCCUGCAGACUGAAGAAGUCGAGCUGACUGCAGUUCUGUCUGAGACAUUCUUCGCCCCUCGAGUCUCUGGGCUGAGGAAGAAUGACCUCCUUAAUCAUGAGUCAUUUCCACAUUAUGGGUCAUUUUUCCUGCUUCUAAAAGGUUGUUGAAAACACCACUAUCUUCUGUAGACUGAAAUCAGAAUUUCAAAACCAUUAGUUGGAUGUUCAAUGGAGCAGGGUCAGAAACCAGAGGCAGGUCUGCACAGGGCAGAGUUUGGGGCUCUGGACGAUAGUCGGGGUAAGAACGUAUGAUGAGGAGAAGGGAAUCAGCAGCGGGGCAUGGCAACAAAUGACAAAGUAGCAAUAUUUGGAAGCUGAUUGACAGAGAAAUUCUUUCGGUUGUGUGACUGAUGACACAAACAAUACCUGUGGUAAGGUGCUCCACUGGUCGAGGAACAUGUGUGUGUUGGGAAUGCUUUUAUCUAUUCAGGGAGUUGUUCCUGCUUCUUUACCCUGUAAUAUUAUAUCCGGAUGGUUAUUAUGGAUUGUCCUAUCUGAAAUAAUGUAUUGAUUAUCAUAUAAUUUGUAAGAUUUUGACUCUAAAUCUGGAUCAGGUGUGAAUUUAUGGUGCCUUUAUGAAGUGAUGGAGGGCAUUCAUGGGUUUGUAUUUUAAAGCAAGAUUUUGGUGAAUGACAUUUGCCACUUGAUUGUAACUUUGUAAGUAAUCAGAUUGAGUUAAACUGCUGCAGGAUCCUGGAAUGUGUUGGAUUGUGUGUGGUUUCUCGUGGCAUUUUCUGCACUUACUGCUUUGUUUGUUUGUAUUUCAUGUAUUUUCGAUUUUGUUUUCUUUUUGUUAACCACCUUGUCCCAUAUUUCUGCAAGAAACCCCUCUGUUUCUGGGAAGAGGUCUCCAACUCUCAGUCAGGUGGUUGAUGCUUCCUUGUCACCAUCUCGUCUGCUCAGAUCGUUGGGAUGUCUCCCAUGGAGGGUCAUACUCAUUCCACUGGUUAAUGUUUUCUUCCGUAGUGAUGAUUCAUUUUUCUGAGUUGGCUUCUCAUUUAAGUUUUCUGGUAUGUAUUUCUUAUUAUGAUUGCAGAUACAGACAUGGAGUGCUGAAUCCUCAUCAUUUUUGAUGGAAAUAUAUACUUAGAAGUUUUAUCUGACUGUUGUGUGAUUUUUUUUCAUGUGUAUUAUUUCUCUUCCUCCUUCUGUCCAGGGUAGUGUUAAUCUAAGUGGGUUUGAGUGUAAAUAGCCUUUUCUAAAGAUUUCUAAAGUUCUUAUUUACCUUUGUAAAUAUUACUGAUUGAAAU